CCCCCUUAGCAGUCUCUCUGUACUCCAGAGCUGAGGCUACACAGUGAGAACCCCAGACUGCUCUCUUUUGCCUCAGAGGCGGGAGAUAGAGCUGGGAGAAGGAAGAGGCUAAAAGGAUGGGCAGCAAGGAAGAUGCGGGCAAGGGGUGUCCGGCAACCGGUGUUGUCUCCAGCUUCACCAUUCAGUCCAUUCUGGGCGGGAGCCCCUCGGAGGCACCGCGGGAGCCCACCAGCUGGCCGGCCAGGAAGCGCAGCCUGUCGGUGUCCUCGGAGGAGGAAGAGCCGGACGACGGCUGGAAGGCGCCAGCCUGCUUCUGCCCAGAUCCGCACGGCCCUAAGGAACUGGGCCCCAAGCACCAUGCCCCCAUUCCUUUUCCUUGCCUGGGUACCCCCAAGGGCAGUGGCAGCGCGGGGCUAGCAAGCUCAGAGCGCACGCCUUUCCUCUCUCCUUCGCACCCGGACUUUAAGGAGGAGAAAGAGAGGCUCUUGCCCGCGGGCUCGCCCUCGCCGGGGCCGGAGCGGCCGCGGGACAGCGGCACCGAGCGGCAGGCGGUCUCUCCGUCCCCUCCCCUUGGUCUACCUCCCCGCCCCUCCCCCCUGCCUGCCUGCACCACUUUCCACCCACAUCGUCUCUAA